UGCAGUGCAUUGUUUAGUGCAGAAAAGUUUGUUCGUAGUCUUAGUUUCAUAGUUUGUAUUCCUCCGGCGGUCAACCUUUAUUACCAGGUGUAUGAUAACGUAUCACCUACGAAAAGCUUUACAUAUUUUAAUUUUAAAGUUUUAGUUUACUUUAUUAAAAUUAAUAUCGUGAAGAUUUUGUUUCUAACUAGUAUGACGAUUUUAACCAACAGUUUAAAGUUGCCUCUCACAUUUUUUCAAAAGCUACAGUUGGUACGUUUUGCAUCAGCUGUUACCAGCAAAGGAAAAGUUUUCCGCAGUGUUGAAGAGGCAAUAAAUGAUGUCCCCGAUGGUUCUGUUAUUCUUUUUGGAGGAUUUGGUUUGUGUGGGAUUCCGGAAAACCUUAUCAGUGGGUUGGUAGCCAAGAAGGUCAAGGAGCUGACGAUAAUCAGUAACAAUGCUGGGGUGACAGACUGGGGGCUAGGAUUGCUACUAGCAGAGAAGUUGGUGAAGAGGGCAAUUGGCUCAUACGUUGGAGAAAACCUUGAGUUUGAAAGGCAGUACUUGAGCGGGGAACUGGAGGUGGAGUUAUGUCCUCAGGGAACGUUAGCAGAACGUAUCAGAGCAGGAGGAGCCGGUAUCCCAGCAUUCUUCACACCAACUGCUCUCGGCACCUUGAUACAGGAGGGGGGAGUUCCGAUUAAGUACGACAGCACAGGCAAGAUAGAGAUGGCUUCAGAACCCCGACCUACACAGUCCUUUGAUGGACGGGAGUACGUGAUGGAACGAGCCAUCGUGGGUGACUAUGCUUUCAUCAAGGCUUGGAAAGCUGAUCGUGAAGGGAAUUUAAUAUUCAGGAAAGCAGCUCAGAACUUCAACCCUACAAUGGCCAAGGCUGCAAAGGUAACAAUUGCAGAGGUAGAGGAGGUAGUAGAUAUUGGGGAACUGGAUCCCGACUCGGUACAUCUUCCAGGGAUCUUCGUGGACAGAGUUGUUGUGGGACCAAAGUUUGAAAAGAGAGUUGAGAAAAUAAAAAUGGCAAAGGCUCCAACUGCAGCUCAGUCUGCAGUGGCAGCCACUCCUGCUGCAGCGGCCCGGGAAAGAAUUAUCCGCAGAGCGGCUUUGGAGUUCAAGAAUGGCAUGUAUGCUAACCUGGGUAUUGGUAUCCCUAUGCUGGCCAGUAACUACAUCCCCCCUGGUGUGAAUGUAACCCUGCAAUCAGAGAACGGCAUACUGGGACUGGGAAGUUACCCUGCAAACAAACAAGAAGUAGAUGCUGACCUGGUCAACGCGGGCAAGGAGACGGUCACUGUACUUCCUGGUGGGAGCUUCUUCAGUAGUGACGACAGCUUUGCCAUGAUUCGAGGGGGCCACAUAGACUUGACCAUGUUGGGAGCCAUGCAGGUUUCACAGUAUGGUGACCUGGCCAAUUGGAUGAUUCCCGGCAAGAAGGUGAAAGGCAUGGGCGGAGCUAUGGACUUGGUGUCAUCACCCAGCACUAAAGUGGUGGUCACCAUGGAGCACUCUGCCAAGAAUGGAGAACACAAGAUAGUGUCCAGCUGUAGUCUGCCGCUCACGGGCAAGAACUGUGUCAACACAAUUAUCACUGAAAAGUGUGUGUUUGAGGUGGACCCAGAACAUGGUCUGACACUGACAGAAGUAGCAGAGGGUGUGGAAGUGGCAGACAUCAUUGCCAGUACAGGCUGUGAGUUUCAGGUGUCCCCCGAACUGAGGCCCAUGCAGCAAGUCGAGACCACAGAGUGAACAGUUGCAGGAUAGCUUUUAAGUAUGAAGUAAAUAACAGUUCUAACGUAUGGCCUGUAAUUUUUAUAAUGCAAUAUUUUUGGUUAUGGGUGAAUAAUUCUUAUUUUAAGAUUAUUACAAUAUAAUAUAAAUUUAUCUUCACUGUAGCACAGGCUUGUUACGUACAGUACUGUCAGUCAGGAUAGUAAUCGCAGGUAAAAUUCACCUCGAUCAACAAUAUAGAUGUAUAAUAAUUAAAUUUACUUUAGAAAUUAUUAUAAUUUAAGUACUAAAACUAAUAAAUUAAACACUUUACUGUAGGUGACAAAUGUCAAAUGAUGAAAUUGAGUAAUUUGGAAAAUUUAGAUAAAGGUGGUGUUAUCCUUAAAUCAUGUAUAACAUAAUUUGAAGUUUUCAGAAUUGAUUAUAUAAGUGUUUUUCUUUUUUUUAAUUAGCCUUUAUAACUGUUUUAACUUGAUCUGUUAUCUGAGCUGUGAUUAUUGAGAAUUGUUCUAUUAAUGUAUUAGGUUGGGUUUGAAAGAAUUUCAUUCAGUAAAUCCUGAAACUUAAUUAUGGCAGCUUAGUAGUGUACAACUUGUUUAACCCUUUCAUUUGCAUUGAUAUGGGUAGCAGAUUGUCAGCCUUGUCAUCUACCACUUCAUUAUUAUUAUUAUUUUUUUUUGUCCUCUGACAAAUGUUAAGUCUAACUACUAUCUUGCAUUAUUUGUAAGCUCAAACCACUCUUCAACAUUAAAACACUUUCAUCGCUACAAGAAAAUUACUAUUUAACACUUUCACACAAGUUUAAUACCAUGUUCAUGAGCCUAAACAAACACUGGAUAAACAACAAAUGACUGAUGAAGUUUGUUGAAUUUUAGUAAUCGAAGAUAAGUGAUAGCUGCAAGAUCUAGUGGUUGCUUCAGAAGCUAUGUAGACAUCAGUUAAUAGCAGUAAAAACACAAAUAAACUGUUUGGAGCAGGUUCAACACUGUAAUGUUGCGAUGUUGGACAUGUUGUGAAGAGGAUUAGAGAGUAUUAAUCAUAAAUUUGAGUACAUACUGAGCACAUGUAAUAUAUAUUCAACAGUUUGGUAUGUAUUUUGAUGUGAUUGCUUUAUCUUAUAUUUUGGAAGUUUCUUUCCAUAAAAUCAGUAAAAUUGUUUGUGUGUUACUGAUUUGAACACACCAAAAUUAUUUUUUACCUUAUGUGGUUUAGGCACAUUUGAAUGAAGGUAUUCCUUUUUCCAAAAUAUAAUAUAUUCCUUCACCAUUUUCCAAAGUUCCAUGAGGGAGCAUAUCCGGGUAGUAAUACUUAAGUAAAGUAUAACUGUUACAUCAUGUCUGGCCUGAUCUCUUAAGGGAUGUGACAAAUAAGUUCAGUGUAUCUCUUAGUUAACACUCAGUCAUGUUAGCUUCUGGCCUCAAAGUUCAGCCAGCAGAGGUUAUGUAUGACUGUGUUUCGAUGCUUUUGUAUUGAACUUUACAAAUAAGAUAAAAUGAACUAUGUUAAUUAACCCACAAUUCAUUUUUACUUAGUUUUAUGCAAUUCACUAACACGUAUUUAGUUUAUAUUUACUUUUAUUUCCUAGCUAUUGUAUGUAUUAAAAUCAAUUAAGUUCAGAUGGUACAUAGCAAUUUAUUUAAAUAAUGCUACAAAUUAAAAAAAAAAAAACACGAAUCUAUGAAAUACAACAGAUUUUUCCAUUAAUCCUCUACCUGUCAAUUCCAAGCAGUCGCAGUAUUACAGAUCCAUAUUUGCUUCUCUUACUUAAAGCAUACAAUACGAUGUGAGUGCUGUGUAAAUACUGAAAUAAUCCUAUUUAUUUAUAGCAGCAAGUACAUGUUAAUCUUCCUGCUAAAUGUCUGUAAACAACCAUGUUUGUAAUUCCAGUAAUAAUUAUAUACAGUAAAGGAAAAAUAACCAUCUUCUGACAUAUGAGACAGAACAGUAUUGUCAUGGUAUAGGCGUCAUGCAGCACUGGUCGUUGUGAAUCUUGGGAGUGGGAGAGGGUUAGAAAAUUUCUCAAUUGAAUCAAAUAGAAUGAGCUUUAGUUAGAACCAAACAUUUGGUAUUUUUUUUUUAGGUACUUAGUAUUAUACCGACCACAUUAUAUUUUGUGUAUGUUUUUGGUUAAAAAUAACAAAAAUAUAACUAAAGAAACAUAAUUUUUUAACAAAAAUAUAACUAAAGAAACAUAAUUUUUUAACAAAAAUAAAUAUUUUAAUAUUCUUGUGCCAGUUAACCGUAGUGUUGGCAAUCAACGACUAUUUGUCGGUGAGAGUCCCGCAGUGGUUGGCAAUCGUUGAUUAGUCAUGGCAUCACUAUUUCACUUAUUAUAGUACAAAAACUUGUAUCAACAUGAUUCGGGCACCAUUGCAAACAUCAGAAUCUGUCCUGUCUGCAGACAUUGUUUUUCAAUAGCAUAGUGAGUGGACAGAUGACGCAAUCAGCUGUUUAUAAAAUUGAAUUUAGUUUCAAUUCUGUUGUUAUAGCCAGGCACAGUUGUUGACUGUAGUGGUUAUUUUGUUUAUUGAUUACAUUUGAAAACUGUAAGUAUUUAUUAAUUAUUGCAUAAAACAUGUUUAUUAUGAUUGUGUAAUGUUCUUAUGUUAGUACUUUUAGUAAAUAAUGCAAAAGUAAUAUAUUUGGUUAUGCUUAAGUAAGGUUUUGUUAUAGUUUACUGAAAACAUUAAAAGUAAUAAAAACAAAGUCUGGUUGGUAUAAGUACCAUUUUUAUAUUGAUCUUUUUUAUUUUUUAUUUAUUUUUAACUUUAAUGUGUGUUUUACACAGUAGUAAAAGUUAAACUUGGAAUCAACAACAAAAGCGAUCAGAUAUAUUGAUUAUCCUCUAUUUUGGAUUUUUUGUUAUUAUCUGUAAUAUUCAUCAAAUAUAUAGUAUGUGAAUUAAAAAUUCAACCUUGUUUGGACAACCUUCAAUUAAUUGGUAUAUGUUGUCAAUUAAAUUUAUAAUAAGUGUUGAAACUACAUUGUCUGAGUUGUAAAUAAUCUACUCCAAGAUAUCACAGUAAUUUUAACCCUAGAGUUGGUAGCUAAAAUCCUUUAUUUGCAGGCUAUUUUUGCUCUGUUUACAAGCACUGAUUCUAAAUUAUCUAUACACUUAAAAUACUGUGGUUUUAUAAUGAUGUUAUAUGUUGUUUUUAUAAGUAAUUUGUAGAAUAAUAUAACAUACUAAUAAAUACAACUCAUCGAUUUACAUAUUUUUUUAAAUAGUUGAAACUUCAAAUUAAAAAAUUAAAUUUACGUAAUUUGGUAUGGACCUUGCACACCAAACUAAUAUAAAGCUGGAAAUUAAUAAUUCCAAAUAACUAAAAGACAGAAAAAAGGCCAGUUUCAGAAAUAUAUAGUUGUAUGGGGUUUAUACUACAAAACAUUAUUUGGUAAGCAUUUACACAAACCUAGGCCUAUUUCAAAAUAUGGCUUAGGUUCAAACAAGUCAUUGAUACGCUUACCAUAGAAAAAUACCAAAACUUCUGUCUCAAAAAUUUUCAACAUGCCGUAAAUAUAUUACAGAAAGACUUUGAUAUACCAGCCAAAAUUGUUCUUUAGGUAAUAAAGAUAUCAAAUUCAACCACUGAAAUAAAUCCUUUACCGAAGGACAAUAACAACACAGUAAUCGUAGACUCAGCAGACGAGAAUGGCGACUUUUGAAAAACAAUGACAAGCAAUCAUGAAUCAUGGCAGUUUAGAAGGAAGAAUAAGAAUAAAAACAUUCUAUGUUGAUAAAACAACUUUUCAUCAUUUCAAUGGUACUUUAAUAUCCUCAUUAAACUUGAUUUUAAAUGUUAUGGCAAAUGAAUCAUUUGACGACGUCAUGAGUUCAAUUUUGAACUACUGCCACUACAGCGGUCCGUUUUGUUUAAAAAUGAAUGAGUGCCAACUUCAGGGUUAAUGAAAUUAUUGUAAAGUAGCAGAAACUAAUGUUAAAUUUCAUUAUAACAGUAGUUACUAAAAUAAACUAUAUUUUUAAAUAAGUUUCUUUGCUACUAGCAAUAUGUAAAGUUAUGUUAGUAUGAAAAUUUACUUUCACUUUUGAUUUAAAUUGUGAUGCUCACUUAUUAAGGUAUACAUUCUAAGUAAGAAAAUGUUGUUCAGGCCAACUUACAUUGGACAUGUUUCUUUGUACCAGAUUUCUGUUAACACUGAUAUGGUUGGGUGAACAGUACUGUGCUCUUAAAAUAAAAAACUUAUUUGUUUGAUCAAUAAGGAUACUUAACAAGAAGCAGCAAUGAUUUAAAUCAAAUGAAUCAAUAAAUAAAAAGAACGAUAUAUUUAACAAAUAUACCCAACCAUUCAUUGUAUCUAGAAGACCACAUAUCUCUCUAUAACCUUUAUAAUUCUAUCCUCAGUAGUUUCAAUUGAUUUAUUAAAUUUAAGUUAUUAAUAUUUCAUUAAAUUUAUAUUUGGACUUUAAAUUGUUGAAAACUUGUAAUAUAACCAAGCAUCUGGAGGCUGAGGAAUAAUAUCGGUCCACUUUACACUCAUCAUCAUGAUUCUUAAGGGUUAACUAACCAAUAUAAAACUUGAGAAAAUGUUUCAUUCUAAUGAUAAGUUAUAAAAGUUUGUUAUCGAAACAUGUUUAUAUUUUUAUUUUUGUUAAAAAAUAAUUUGAUGUACAGAACAAUUUAUUGUACUUGUUAUAAAAUGUAUUAUAUGUGUAAAUAAUUUAUUAAAAUAUUUAUACAAGUAAAACAGUUGUUCUUAAAUUUCA